UGGACAGGAGCCUGUCCACAUCAGCUGAUCAGAGGAGUUCUGUCCCGGUCGCGUUCACGAGUUUGGUUUCAAAUGUUACUUUACAGCUUUCACAUUUAUUCACAAACCUUUGAUUUAAACUAAUUUCUUGUUGAAUUGACCUAAAAGUUGUAUUUUGAUAGUAAAUCUGUGGUUUUUGUAGCAAACUAUUAACAGUGAUGAUGAUCAGUAACUGUGUUUUUACAGCCUUGAGCCUUUUUCAGUGUUGAGCCUCACGUUAACUUCUAGUUAACAGGAACAUCAAAAGUCACCAGCGCCGCCUCAGUGUAAAGACAGAAACCACGUAGCGACAGGAAGAGGACACACAGCCACAGACCGGAACCGCUGGUCCCCAGGACGGUGGACGGGUCCGGUGUCAUCGCUGUGAUCUUCCUGCUGCGCUGCUCAUCGAGCCAAGGUUAGUAAAAUGCAGCACAUCAGGUCUGUUACAAGUGGAAAUGUUUAAUUCAUAGGUUUGAUGCCCUCAGUGAAUCUAGAAUGAUCAUAGUCAUGAAAAUAAAGCACAAACACAAAUGACUUUAAUUUCUUAAUGGAACCUUAAAUAUUAAUCUUCAGUUGUGGUAGAUUCUAUUGCCUGCUUCACUGGCUAUGAAUGUACACAAUAUAUUAUAAUAAUGUUUGAUUUGGUUUAGAUUUUUUAUUUAGAUGUAGUUCAUUACUCAGUAACUGAAGGAUGAAAGGCAGAAGCACACAGCUAAUAACGGACUGAAAAGCAGAAGGAGGAGGGUUUAAUGUCAGACUCUCACACAGUGUCUAAACAGCACAAUGACGCAAACAUCACGUCUGCGGCUUCUCCUGUUGACCUCCCUGUUGUUCUUCAAAGCAACGCAAGGAGAUAAAUCUGUCACAGCCCGGAGUCGCAGGUCUCAGAACAGUCGAGCACAUCUGGUUCAGAAGGUUUUAAUGUCGUCGUCACAAACAGGCAGACUUUGGUCCACAGCUCGUCUCACUGUGAGUCCCAGCAGGUCUCAGUUCUUUAGAGAUGAGUCUGUGUCUCUGAGCUGUGAGGACGACGGAUCUGGAGGAUGGAGACUGAGGAGGAACACGAGCAGAGAAACUGGAGCUGAAUGUGGAGAUGAAUGGGGAAGAUCAUCUGGUUCCACCUGUAACAUCAGCUACGUGGACCCAUGGGACAGUGGAGUUUACUGGUGCGAGUCCAGCUCUGCAUCCAGCAGCAGCAGCAGCAGCAGCAGCAGCAGCAGCAGCAGCAGCAGCAGCAGCAGCAGCAUCAACAUCAGUGUCUCUGGUGGAUCAGUGAUCCUGCAGAGUCCUGUCCUCCCUGUGAUGGAGGGACAUGAUGUCACUCUGCACUGUCAAACAAAGAGCCCUCCCUCCAAGCUCCCAGCUGAUUUCUAUAAAGAUAGCUCCCUCAUCAGGACUGAGCCUACAGGUCACAUGACCAUCCACCGUGUCACCAAGUCUGAUGAAGGAGCCUAUAAAUGCAGCAUCCAGGCUGGUGGAGAGUCUGCGUCCAGCUGGAUGCUGGUCUCAGAGCGACCUACGACCUCAGCUCCACCUACCACCACAUCUGUACCUACGACCUCAGACCUGCUCCUUACUUUAACCCCUCCUGCCUCCUCCUCCUCCCUCCAGCUCAUCUUCAUCCUGCUCCUCUUCCUGCUGGUGUUCUGUCCCUACUUCAUCUCUUCUCUGCUUGUGGCGUCUCUGUAUCGACACAGAGCUCCAGGUCGUCACACAUCCGUUUCCAUGGUGACAAGUUGGCAGGCUGAGCAGGGACUGAAUGAUGACUAUGAUGAUGUCAUGGCUGCUGUAAGCACAGAGCAUCACUUCUGAACUGGACCCGUCUCGCUUGGUACCAGAGGCCAGAGAUGGUUCUGUGUCACAUCAGAGUCCAAGGCUGAGUGUCAAGUCUCUGGACUCGUGUUCUAGGUCAUCACUCACUCACUCACUCACUCACUCACUCACUCACUCACUCACUCACUCACUCACUCACUCACUCACUCACCUCAAUGACAAUCACUGAGCUGCCUCUGUGCUCGUUCCACAGUAACUUCCUCAGAAACAACCUACUGUACAUUUGAUUCCACAGUAAAGAGUUUGAUCACAAUCAACAGCUCAUUUACAUUUAGAAAGUUAAGUAAAAGAAAGUAAAAGAAAAAAACUAAAGUUUCUUCUGUUUGUUAGACUGAGAUCGUUUCUCCAGAAGAACACAGAGGCAUCGGUACAGUUCAAUCAAAUGUUUUAGUGUUUAUUAUAAUUGGUGGGUCAAAAUCAGAGGUACCGAGUCAUAUGUGCACAUGGAACUGAAAGAACAGAAAUCUUCUGCGAUAAUAAACACACAAACAUUCACUGCUUUAUUUUGAAUUGUUUUCAUGACCGACCCACAGUACCAGAACCAGAACCAGAACUGGUGUGAGUCUGCUUUCAUGCAGGGGCCACUCUGAUUUACUUUUUGUUUAGUGUCCUCUUGGUUUGUUGACUGUAUGCGUGCGUGCGUGCGUGCGUGCGUGCGUGCGUGCGUGCGUGCGUGCGUGCGUGCGUGCGUGCGUGCGUGCGUGCGUGCGAGUUGUCUAGUCUGGUUCUGUGCUGCGGAUCUGAGUUCAAUUCAAUUCAAUUUUAUUUAUAUAGAGCCAAAUUACAACAAAGUGAUCUCAAGGCACUUUGCAAAGUAAGGUUUAAGACCUCACACAACUAAACCCAACAGAUCCCACAUACAGCAAGCAAGAGUUGAACCAUGGAGCUAACCUCUGAUUCACUGUCUUCUUCAGAGGAGCCACUGUGUCUAAUAUUGUACGUAGAGAAGCUGCAGCAUCAUCUACAAGACAGUCAACCUGUUCAUAAGGAUUAAGGUGACUGUUCUCUGUGUAUCUACAAGACAUUGAGGCAAAAGAUGAUGGAAUCAUUUGCUUGAAUCUGGCAAUAAUAACAUUUCUUUCCAGCUAUUGUAAGGUCAAUUGUGCUAAAUUCAAAAGUUAAUAAGAAAUGGUCAGAUAACAGAGGGUUUUGGGGAAGAACUAUUAAAUUAUUAAUUUCAACCCCAUAUGUCAGGACAAGAUCGAGGGUGUGGUUAAAACGAUGAGUGGGUUCAUUUACCUGCUGUGUAAAACCAAUAGUGUCUAUUAAGGAGUUAAAAGCAGUGCUGAGACAGUUGCUGUCAACAUCUACAUGAAUGUUAAAGUCUCCCACUACAAUAACUUUAGCUCUGCUAAGAACUAAGUCAGAUAAGAAUUCAAAGAAUUCAGUUGAGAACUCUGAAUAUGGAGCAGGAGGACGGUAAACAAUACAAAACACAACCUGGUGGUCUCCCAUCCACUACUAACCAGGCCCAGCCUGCUGAGCUUCUGAGGUCAGAUGAGGUCAGGUUCUAAGGGACGAGUGGCAAUAAGGUAAUAGACUCUUUACCAUUCCAGAUCAUUCAGUCCAUAGGAUCAAGCUUCACAAAAAAGGCUCCAGAGUUUCUGCUUGUGUUUGAUUUUUUAAUAAUGUUGAUAAAAUCAGGGCCACGUUGGUUCUCGAGGUUGACUGAAACUAUGUCAUAGCACAAAAACACUGCAGCUCUUGUUUAGUUCAGGUCACGUCUUCUUGUCUCCUUCAUAUAAAAACAGGCUGUCAGUCAGUGAGUGUUUGCUUGUGGACAGAACCUCAACUAUUUUAAAUGAAUUCAACUUUUACUGGUCUGUAAAAGUCUGUCUACAUUUAAGCCAACCCAUGGGGGGGGGGGGUGUCUGCUGGUGCCAGAGGCGGGGAUCAAACCAGAGACCUUCUGUUUCUCAGGCCAAUGUUAUGUACCUGAACUGUUCCAGCUGCUGCAUGAGUUGAAAACAACUGUUAGGAACAAAGAUACAGAUGUUUGAGAAACAAUUUGUUUUACGUAUAAAGAAGAUUUAAAGCUGAACGGUUAAAAUGAUAAAGUGAAACUGUCUGUAAAUAAAGUUGAGUUUGUAGGUGUCAAACUGUUACGAACUGUUACGAAGCCCCGUCGGCUCCGAACCGGCGGGGUUUGACAGGGAACCUACUAACUCCUCCCGUCGGUUCGGAACCGACGGGGCUUUGACGGAACCCUGGGGCAGGAGAGGGAAUGCGGUGGAGAGAGACGGUGACAGCACCCGCUCCAAGCGGGGAGAACUACGGCUCUCACGGAGCCGGGAGGAGAACGCGCUCACACUGAGCGGAGGCUUCAGGCACCACGGCCGACGUGCUUCCAGCACACAGCUCUGUGUAAUCCCUCACACAGACACCUGGCCGCAACCGGCAGACCAGGUCGCAGGGAACACAGGAGAGGGAAGACCCCAAAUGCACGACCCAAACACAGCGUCUUAACAGUUAACAUAAAAUGGUUUAUUUAAGUACAAACAAAACUCACUGCACCGCAGGACUCAGUUCAACACAAGGAACAACUAAAAAUCACUGCAAUGCAGGAAAACGAUUAACAACCUAAACUCACUAAACUAGACGCUCCGUACACUACGGGCAAAAAUCCUAAACAUGAAACAUAAACCCUAAACAUGAAACAUAAGACACUCACAAACCUCACAGGACAUCAAAUCAAAACGCAGGAACUCCACUUCUUACUCUCCUCUCUUUGGACAUAACUUGGUGUAGCAUCCAGCUACAACCGCGAACACACCAGCAAUGUGUCAAACAAAAAACAUCCCUUAAAUACAACAAAACAGGUGGGUCAACUAAUCACACAGGAAAUUAAACUCAAACACAGACCCACAAAAAGUCCCAGGAGCGCCUCUAGUGGCGCGGAGGCUGAAUGUCAC